AGUCUCCAGCUCAGGCAGGAGCGCAGCGGUGAGAGCGCGUGAGGACAGGUUCGCUAUAAUACACCAGGCGUCUGGGAGGCUGCAGGACCGCUCCAAAAGGCCACCGCACCCGGGGGAGCAGAGGAUCCGCGAGCACCGGCGCCCAAAGCAGAGCCCCGCACGCUGCUUCUGCAUUCACCUGCACCCUUCGCAGCGGCUGCAGCCCAGGGGUGCUUCGGAGCUCACCGGAGCUGAAGAGCGGCUGGAAAGCCGUAAAACGGGCCCGGGGCUCAGAACUCUCCAGGUAGCAACAGACAGAAGCGGGAACUCCCGAGGUGCCGGGGUCUGCCGCGGCUGAGCAUCUUGAGCGGCGGACGACACCACCACCACCCCCGCGCGCCGAGGGUCCCAGUGACCUCGCCGCCUGGGGGGCGCCGAUUCCCCGCCAGGUGAGCGCGGCUAGGCGGGAGGGGAACGUCAUGGAGGCUCUUAGCAGCGCCGGUCUACAGCAUCAGAAGUGAGGUGGUCCUGCCGGAGUCGGCGGGUCCCCGCGGAUCAUGUACGGCGACGUGUUCAACGCCACUAGCGGGCCGGAGGCGGCGGGAAGUGCCGCGCUGGCCCCCGGAGCCACGGUCAAGGCAGAGGGCGCUUUGCCGCUGGAGCUGGCCACCGCGCGUGGAGUUCGGGACGGCUCGGCCACCAAGCCCGACCUGCCCACCUACCUGCUGCUCUUCUUCCUCCUGCUGCUGUCCGUGGCGCUCGUCGUCCUCUUUAUCGGCUGCCAGCUGCGCCACUCGGCCUUUGCUGCGCUGCCCCACGAUCGCUCGCUCCGCGACGCCCGUGCGCCCUGGAAGACGCGACCGGUAUAGGGCAGGAGGAGUCAGGGCCGCGGGGAGCUUGGGUUUUGGCCUUGCAGAAAGCAUCCAGCAGGAGCAGAGUAGGUUGGGCUUCGGAGUCUCCCAAAAACCAUUUUGGACCUGGAGAAUAAGGGGUGUUAGGAGGUUGCCUGGGGUCCUGGUCCCAGUGCCUAAAAGUACUCCCUAGGCGAGUACCCCCCUCCACCACCUACAACAGGUCCUGUCAGGAAACCACCCAGAAAGACCCACCCGGGCACAGGAGCCUUCCUUGCCUGCCUGGUGAGUUCCUGACUUUGCUCGCAGACAGGCAGCAGGCACCGCGAGCGCGGGACUAAUCAGGAGCUGACUGUGCGGACUGGACUCCGGGGCCCUAUGGGCUGUCUGCAGCUGCUCCCGCCUAUCUUGCUCCUUAACACUGGGGAUCCGAUAGAGAAAUGACACAAGGUUUCAGUGUGUCCUGCUUGGGUUCGAGUACCCAGUUUCCUCAGAGAGCAGGGGCUGAGGGAUCUGUGGAGGGACAAAGGAUUACAUCCACCGCUGCGGGGGUGCUGCAACGGAAAGUCUGCAUCUCGUGUCUCCACCCAAGACGUUUCUACAAUAAAAGCUCACCAAAUUAGAUCCAGCACCGAAAACACUGAUCAUUGGUUGCACCGUUUGGGAAAGGGAUUGUGAAGGGCCCAUCCCCAGGAGGAAUAGACCCAAGGCUGACCCACCUCCUCUGCGAGGGUCAGGUCAGUCUGAGCAUACCUGCUGUCUGGGUUUCCCUAGCUUUUUGCUUGCUCUGGAAAGCGUUUGUUUUCUUUGGGGUUCUGUUUUCUGGCAGACUCCAAGGAUAACCUGAUCUGCUGAAUGGUCCUGUUAACUGGACCCCGUAGAGACCCUCUCUGAGAGGCAGAGCUUUCUCUCAUGCCCGUGCCCCCACAGCUGUCUUGGGCCUAAAGCUUUCAGAGCCCUGAGGCAGAGACGGGGCUUGGUGAAGUGAGGUCCUGAAAGGAGAGGGAGUGGGGUAGCAUUUCCUCCCAAGCAGACAAAAGCCAGCCCCGAGAUCCCCACGAGAACAAUGGUGACAAAGAACUAGGGGGUGAGGAGGCAGGUUGUGACAACUUUGACUAUUUUCUAAGUUAGCCUAGUUCCAGGAGGUGGGUUUGGUUUUGACACAGGGUCUCACAGGCCUGGCUGGUCAGGAACUCACAGAGGGUCUGCCUGCCUCUGCCUCUUGAAUGCUGGGAUCACAGGGCAUGGACUACCAUGUGCCCGUGCCCCGCCAACUCCCCCCCCCCCAGGGAGUUAUUUUAGUGGGUGUGUAAAACACUCCCAGGAGCCACUUGGCUUAAAGACGUUCACUUCACUUGAGCUUAAGAGACAUUUUUACUGAAGAGGAAUUUGACAUAUUAAUCCAGAUAAUUCUUAAACCAUGCUGGAGUCAGGAGAGCUUUGUGAAUCUGAAGCAGGAGAAGCACCCUCACCCCCACUCAAGUGCACAGACACAGGAUUCUGACACAUUGACAUGGGAUGUUGGAAAUGUUCAGACGGCCAAGCAGGAGGUUCAGCAAGACUGAGCACCCCCCACACACCCCCACCCCCCUGCUCCUACCCUCACCCUAGAGAAGGUGGCAGGAGGAACUAGGAAGCUUGAAGACCUGGUCACACAGCCAGGCUCUAGAGCUCUGAAUCCCCACAUCCUUGGGUCCCUGUCGGGACGCCUCCUCUGUCCUAUCUCCUCAUAGAAUCUUAGGUUAUUAUCUGGAAAAGGAACCAAACAUCUUCAUGUCCUCUACAAGGAUACUGUGGCUAAUGCACAGGUACCCUGAUUGCAGAGAAAACUCUGGGCAUAGAUAGGUAAACCAUGAGCCCCUUGCUAGCACACACAUGCUCAGGGCUGGGGACUGGGAGAGGUAGGGAUGGUAUGUAGGGGUGGGACAUUCCUCUACUACAGCCUGGUGGUCAGCUUUGAAGGUGUUGCGCCGAGGAGUUCAAAUUCUAGCUCUGCUCUAACCCUCUGGCUUAAAUCCCCUAUGGCCAUAUCUGAAGUCCUUAACCUAUGUCCUGUGUCCUCUUCCACGAAAUGGCUAUGGUAUCAGAUCUGAUGUGCCAGGCAGCAUACUAAGCCAGUGUCACGGCCUGAACAAGGCAGGCAUAGAAUGAGUUCUCCAAUGUCGGCUGAGGAACAGAUCUGAGGCUGAGGGAAGAAGCUGAUUCCCAAAGAGGACGUGCUCCUUUACAGCCCAGUCUUCUGUGGCCACAAGAAACAAACAAACAAACAAACAAACAAACAAACAAGGGCCAGUCCCCUCGGGGAAGAACAUGACCAAGCAACUGGCUACAAACUCCCCUGUGGCUCCUAAGGUACUACCGGCUAUAGCCACAGGGAUCCGGUACCAUUGAGAUCCCUUCAUAAAAUAUGGAGCAAGGUGACAAGAGGUGCUUGCUUCUGGGAUAAACUCUCAGAUAACUGGGCCUACAAAGGGCUAGAAUCUAAAGCCGGGUCAGUACGAGCACUGUGUGCCAGCGCUGCUAUUCUGAAUAACCUCAUUCCGUUUUCUAGGGUAGCAUUGGGCUGUUUCUUCCUCAUAUUGGACCUGGAUUCCCCCGGAACAGCAGCAUGUGACCUCUCUGUCCUCUCUAAUAUGUAAGCGAGUGGAUUACAGUGUGACGAUUACAAUUUAGAUAGUAUUGUGGACCGAAUGUGGAUGUUUACCUUAAAUUUGUACACGGAGGUCCUGAUUCCCAGAGUGGCUGCACUAACACUAUGGAAUUGGAGCUUCAUGGGGGCAUGGGUGAGGCUUUGAAUAUGCUCCUUGUUGCCUGUGGCUGAGAAGGCUAUGUGAACACAUACAGAGAUGCUGGCCAUCUAUAAACCCUCAUCGGAAACUAAAUUAACCAGAACCUUGAGACUGGACUUCCAGCUUCCAGAACUAUGGGAAAAUAAAUUUUUGCUGUCGAAUCUA